GGACGUGGACAGCAAGUUGGUUGACCCGUUCCCUGCGCCUAGUGAUGCAGUACGGGCUGUGCAUUGACUACUCUCCACCCAAGCUGGUCGACAGCCGCAGAGCGCUCGCUUGCGCCAACUCCGGCCACGGUGACAACGAUGCGAGCCAGAGCAAGGGCAGCAGUCCCGGGCACCAGCAAUACCUGGUCCCAGCCAUCCUGCCGAUGACGAUCCGCCACAGCAGCAGCACGAUGGCAUCCGUGUCGCUGAGCACGACAGCAGCACAGCAGGUCAACCCGUAUCUUGGGCACGAGGAGAAGACGGCCUACGUCGCCUUCAGCCUGAAGCAAUUCAAGCGAAGUGCGAGCGUGUGUGCUGGAGACGCACAGCACGCGUCUUUCCUGCCCGAGGGGCUGUUUACCGUGGUGCUGGCGCAUGUGAUGGCGCACGCGCAGCACGGCGCAUCUCAGGCGCCCAAGCUGAGUCGCACCCACGCCGUCUGCUUCAUGGAGUCGACCAAGCUUGAGCUGCAGCUUGUGCCGGCUGUUGGCGGCAUCAAGAUGAAGAUCACGAGUGCGCAGCCAGGCGCCAUGCUGCACAUGCUGCACACCAUGAUCAGCGAGGCCGCCAGAGAGCGCUAUUUUGAGCUGAAGAGCAGCCUCCUGCUGCCAUUUGACGACAAGAUGCUUCUGUUCUUUGAAGAUGUGUUGUACCACCACAAGAGCAAGCAGGACAUGUGGGUAGACGAACAGCUGCUGCCGCCCGAUGACCUUGUCGCCAAGUAUGGCCGUCUCUUGCCCGUACUCGGCCUGCAGGACAAGUACGACGUCUUCAUCAGCUACAGGCAACGCGCCAACAUGGUGAUGGCGCUGCAUCCGCGCUUGGAGCAGCAUAACCUGGUUGCGUUCCUGGACGCCAACAACCUGGAGACGGGCCUCAACUUCAAGCUGUCGUUCAUGACGGCGAUUGGGCUGAGCCUGGUGGCCUGCCCCAUCGUCUCUGCUGCCACCAUCAUGCAGAUGAGGCAGCUGCAGCACAGCGACUACUAUCCUGCGCGCUUCGAUCUGCUCCUGUCUUGGUAG